AGUUCAAAUGCAGCCAAAAUAUCUCGAAAAUACCCAUUUUCUUCUACCAUUGAAAUUCAAAAUAUUGUCUGAAAAUAAUCCCCAAAUUUCAUUGACAAAUCAAAUGAUGCUAAAUUCUAUAUCACAUUAAGAUUCAAAUUCAAUUCAAGUUCAUCGCCAUUGAAGCUAAGAAAAUGAGUUCUGCAGUAACUCUUCGUUGCAAUUCUUCGUCAUUCUCACACUGUACUUCUUGCUCUGUCCUUCGUUUUCAGCCAUUGAUUGCUUCUUACUCUUUGGAAUUUCCUCGCAAAUUUCACAAUUGCGCGUUGCAAUUUCUCGCUGUUUCAAGGUUAAGUAAUCGAAGAAAGAUUGACUUCGUUUGUAGAGUAGGUGAGACUGAUGCUGAACCUGAUGGCAACGACGAUAAGGGAGACAAGGAUGGAGGCAAUGAAAUCGCAGGGUCAAUUGAUUACAGCACAGAGAGUGAUCCAUCGCCUGAACUGGAAAAGGAGCAAUUAUCCACAGAUAUUUUGAAUUCAGACAGCAAUAAUGUGGGAAGCAAUGAGAUCAAAGUUAAUGAGGAAGGCCGUAAGCAAGAUCCUGACAAUUCACAAGUUGCCAGUGGUUCACCUCUUCCAGGUGUGAAGCUUCAGCAGCUGGAUGAAGCAGUUAGGAUCCCGAAGGAGACAAUUGACAUACUUAGAGAUCAAGUAUUCGGAUUUGACACAUUUUUCGUCACAGGGCAAGAACCAUAUGAGGGUGGAUUAUUAUUUAAAGGAAAUUUACGAGGGGUAGCAACGAAAAGCUAUGAAAAAAUAUCGAAGCGGCUGCAGGAUAGAUUUGGAGACCAAUAUAAGCUUUUUCUGCUUAUAAACCCUGAAGAUGAUAAACCUGUGGCAGUGGUGGUGCCAAGGAGAACAUUGCAACCAGAGACAACAGCUGUACCAGAAUGGCUUGCAGCAGGGGCUUUUGGAUUGGUUACUCUUUUUACAUUACUACUACGAAAUGUUCCUGAACUACAGUCAGACCUUUUAUCAAGUUUUGAUAAGCUUGAACUACUGAAGAAUGGUCUUCCUGGAGCGCUUGUGAGUGUGCUUAUUUUGGGGGUUCAUGAGCUUGGACAUUAUGCAAUUGCAAAAGGCUGUGGAGUGAAGCUUGGUGUGCCAUAUUUCAUCCCCAGUUGGCAGAUAGGCUCUUUUGGUGCCAUUACAAGGAUCGUCAAUAUUGUACCUAAACGCGAGGACCUUCUAAAGAUUGCUGCAGCGGGACCUCUGGCUGGCUAUAGUUUGGGACUUAUACUUUUCUUGUUGGGAUUCAUUCUGCCACCUAGUGAUGGCCUUGGCAUCGUUGUUGAUGCUGGUGUUUUUCAUGAAUCGUUUCUUGUUGGGGGAAUUGCCAAACUACUUCUAGGUGAUGUCCUUAAGGAAGGUCAAGCAAUAUCACUCAAUCCACUUGUUAUAUGGGCAUGGGCUGGGCUCUUGAUUAACGCCAUUAACAGCAUUCCUGCUGGAGAGCUUGACGGAGGGCGUAUUUCUUUUGCCAUAUGGGGAAGAAAGGCUGCUGCUCGGUUCACGGGUGCCUCAAUUGUGCUUCUUGGACUGUCUUCAUUGUUCAACGAUGUAGCAUUCUAUUGGGUAGUUCUAAUAUACAUCUUACAGAGAGGCCCGAUUGCUCCACUUGCUGAGGAAAUAAGUGAACCGGACCAGACUUCUACUGCACUCGGAAUUGCCGUCUUACUUCUUGGACUUCUUGUGUGCUUGCCGUACCCCUUCCCGUUCACAAGCGACGCAUUGAUGACUUUUUAAAUACACAGGUCGAAUGCGUGAAGCACUUGGAAGAGAGAGGAACUGUGUUGAUUUUAGUUGCUCAUCGAUGAUAGUGUUCAAGUGUAGCAUCACGAAAAUUUUGCAAUAGCUCCUUCCCCCCCUUUCCAUGUACCACCAUCUUAUAGUUUGAACCAUGAGAAUGUCAUAUCAUAGCAAAUAUAGAUUUGAAAUUCAUAUAUUUUUGGAAUGAGUUUCAGUCUUUGUUGCCUUA